AUGGGAGCAAGCGCGGCUGCCAGCGUCGUGGUUCCCGCAGAGCUGCGAUUGGGCACGGUGGUGCUUGCCGGCUCGCUUGUUCCGACCCUUUCCCUUCCCACUCUGACUCCACCCUUCUCCGUCCGUCAUCCUCGCAGCGAUGGGAGCAAAUGCGGCUACCAGCGACGUGGUAUCAGCGGACCUGCGAGUGGGCACGGUGGUGCUCGCGGGCUCGCUCGUUCUGGCCUUUUACCUUCCCGUUUCGUCUCCACCCUCCUCCGUCUAACAUCGAUGUUCAUGCUCGCAGCGAUGGGAGCAAGCCCGGCUGCCAGCGUCGUGGUUCCCGCGGAGCUGCGAGUGGGCACGGUGGUGGUCGGCGGCUCGCUCGUUAAACCCAAACCCAUCUACUUCUUUGAUCGCUGCAUGAUCAUUCCUGAGAUCGCCCUGGUGGCGAGCGGCGGUGGUAAGGCGGACCUGCUGGUGUGGUGGGACGUGUUUGGGGAUUACACUACGUGCGACGCGGUGCAGCUGUUCGCGUCGUUCGACUGCUCGGGGACACCCGCGGCAGAGUACCAAAACACAGCGUACAUGAGUCCCAUCACGACGGAUCCAUCAGUGAAGUCCAUCCGCUGCGUUCUCGACAACAUCUGCAGCCGAGCCACGUGCCCUGAACACUCCACGUGCGUCAAGACAAACGACAGGCAGGAGGUGGGGUGCCAGUGCGACCAGGGCUACUAUGACGUCUACGGCCAGUGCCAGCCCAUGUAG